AUGGAGAAGUCGAUAGGGAUGGGUGGAUUGUGGAGGCCCACGUGGAUGCUUCACCUGUGGUAUGAGCCAUCGCACCUUUGCCGGACCAAUAACCAGCCCGACUUGGAGUCCACUCGGACCCGAUGGAAAUACAUCUUCUACCUCUGCGCCGGCAAUGCUAUGCAUCCUCUCGCAUCCACAUACACACACACACAGACACACACCUACCACAUCCGCAUCUACACAUUCGACGAACCGUCCAUCUCAUUCAGCCCUCGCCUCCGAAAGGAUCGAGGAGAACCCCCACCUGGCCCGACGCCGGAGAUUUCCAGAUUGCCAAGGGCGAGUCUGGCGAAGUUCUUGCGUGAAUCCACGGAUGAGGAAGCUGGAAUUGGUGGAAACAACCACCACAACAAGCCAGCCCACCUGUCGACGGAGAACAGCCCAGCCAUGGACCUACCCAAGUCAAGUCGUGCUGCUCGAGCGACCGGAAGCGACCACUGA